CUUAAAUUUUUCAAGGGAUACGAAAUGGGCUCUGUGAAUCAACUUUUAAAGACUUUUUGAGGGUGUGAUUGUGAAAUCCUGUCCUUUCAUUUCACAAUUGGAACAACUUUUGUCUUUUGACUUCCAUGAUGGGUUGGGCGGUACCCCACUUUUUCUUUUCCUUUGUUCUUUGCAUUUGAGUGCCCUAUCAAUGUGCAAAAGCCCUUUUGCUCCUAAUUUGGCCCUUUCACCUUUUCCUUUGUGGCGACAAUCAUUCCUUGAGCUCUUGAGUUUACUGCUUUUUGCUCAGCUCUGAAAUUCAUGAAGUACAAAAUUUAACUGGUUAUUGAAUGAUUCUCGUGCACAAUGGUUUAUGAUGCUUGUUUGCACAUGGGAAUAGUAGUUUCUGGUAGCAGAAACCAAGGUUUCUGAGGAAUUUCCGUUUGUACUUUACGUGAGAAACGCCAAACCUCCUAAUCACAAGAUGCUCAACUCACCAGUCGUGCAAUCUGCCUUGACCCGAAAUGAUUCUCUUUCUAAACCAUCGCAUUCUGGUGACAGUUGUUGUGAUUCAGAAAUACAUCUACAUAAUGUGGAUGAAAUUUGGAGCAAUAACUCGUCCUUAGAGGAGAGCAAUCUUGGAGAUAAGAUUGAAAGUCCUGGAUCGUGCACUAAAAGCAACAAUGCUUAUCCUUCCAGGUUUCAGCUUGAACAGGAUGUAAAAAGAUUACAACAGCAGUUGCAAGAAGAGAUGGAACUGCAUGCUAUCCUGGAAAAGGCUAUUCAGAAGAAUGCUUCGAAAUUCUCAAGUCCGUCACAUCUCCCCCGCCAGGCUCAAGACCUUCUAUCUAAUAUUGCAUUGUUGGAGGUCACGGUUUCGAAACUUGAACAAGAGAUGGUCUCUUUGCAUUUUCAACUUAGUCAAGAGAGAAAUGAACGGAGGCUUGCAGAAUAUCAUUUGAGGCAUUCAUCUUCUCAGUCAAUAUCUUAUUGCUCCUCUGACAUUAUAGAUACAUCGAAUUCACCUUCUUUGAGGUGUUCAAAGGUUUCUCUUUCUGAAGUGGGUGAUUCGUCCGAAGAUAACUCCUGUCUGGAGCAGAGAGACCAACCAUUAGAAUCUACUGACAGAUAUACAGAGUCCCUGAUAGAGAAUUCAGUGGGCUCAGUUGUACUUUUCCCUGACAAGAAAAUGUCCAUGAAGAUGGAUUCCAAAUCUUGUAGAUUUGUAGAGUUCAGGAAGCUUCCUAAAGGGAUGCCACCGAAUGGCCUAUGGGAUCACCCUAAUCAAUUAUCUGAAGAGAUGGUGAGCUGUAUGAAAAACAUAUUUAUGUCCCUGGCAGAUUCUACUAUACCGUCAAAAUCAUCUGCAUCAGAGAGCCACUGCUCACCUGUGUCACCACGUGGCCAUCUUUCAAGCUCAUCUUGGUGGUCCUCAUCUGAAAGGUCAAUGAUUUCAUCAUGGGUGCAGAGCCCACAAGUUGAUAUAGAUAGUAACUCUGAGGUGUUGGCUUCAGAGAAUGCCUGUGAUCCCUACAGGGUCCGGGGAAAAUUAAGUUGGGCCGACAUUGGAAACUAUGGAUUAGCAACUGAAGUUUCUUGGAUGUCAGUUGGGAAGAAGCAACUAGAAUAUGCUGCGGGGGCACUGAGAAAGUUCAGGACACUUGUUGAGCAACUGGCCAAAGUGAAUCCUAUCCAUUUGAGCUGCAACGAGAAGCUUGCUUUCUGGAUCAACUUAUAUAAUGCUCUGAUCAUGCAUGCUUAUUUGGCAUAUGGAGUCCCAAGAAGUGACUUGAAGCUCUUCUCUUUGAUGCAAAAGGCAGCAUACACUGUUGGGGGACAUUCUUUCAGUGCAGCUGCUAUUGAAUAUGUGAUUCUGAAAAUGAGACCACCACUUCAUCGGCCACAAAUUGCUUUGCUUCUUGCGCUUCACAAGCUGAAGGUAUCAGAGGAGCAGCGGAAGUCAGCAGUUGAUACGUAUGAACCAUUUGUAGCUUUUGCUCUUAGCUGUGGAAUGUACUCUUCACCUGCGGUAAGAAUCUACACUGCUAAAAAUGUGAGGGAAGAACUUCAAGAAGCGCAACAUGAUUUUAUUCGAGCUUCAGUGGGGAUUAGCAGCAAAGGGAGGUUAUUGGUUCCCAAAAUGCUACACUGCUUUGCCAAAAGCUUUGUGGAUGAUGCAAAUUUGGCUGUAUGGAUGUUGCAUUACCUUCCGCCUCAUCAGGCCGCCUUUGUUGAACAAUGUAUUUCACAGAGGAGGCAGAGCCUUCUUGGUUCACGCAACUGUGGCAUUCUUCCGUUUGAUUCACGCUUCCGAUACCUAUUCCUUCCUGACAAAAUUCCUCUGUGAUAAUGUGUUACCACUGUGCGUCCAGAUAUACCUUGCUUGCCUUGGUCUGGGCAAGCCAAUACAAAAAAAAAAUGUUGGCUUUAAACGAUGCUAAGGUUGCAUCUCUAGUGUGACGCUUAACCUCAAGAAUAACAAAGAUGGUGGCAGUUUUGGUCUUCUGCCUUAUUGACCUGCUAUAUCCCCCAGGGUGUUGUACAUUUUGUUCAUGGAUAAAGCGAUUCCAUGCAUUGCUUCUUGUACAGUUCUUAAGAAUAAUCUGUUUCCUGGACUACUGAUUGUUCAGAACUAAUUUAGUUGCUCAUGUUGCAUAUUGUCAAGAUUAAGGAAAGUUUGUAGGGCAAAUAAUAUUUGAAGUUAUUGUAUACAAACAAAA